AUGGGCGGCGCGGCUUCUUCCGCGCAGCAACAGCAGCAAUUCGCCCAGCUGCAGCAAGCACAACAACACCAGCUCCAAGAGCAACACGGUCAGCAGCAGCAGCAACCAUCGAAUCAGCUCCAAAACCAGCACCAGCAGCAAUCGCUCGCCUUGUCGCUUGGGCAGAGCACCUCUCAGUCGCUGACCCUGUCGCCCUCGUCCAGCUCGUACUACAGCAGCUGCUGCUCGGACAUGGCGGCGGCCGCCCUUUCCUCGCUGAUGGCGACCACGAGCCAGUUUACGCAGUUUCAGAACACGCUGAACUUUGUCAGCGGUGGUGGUGCCAUCGUUACGGGUAGUGCUGCCAGCACCAGUAGCCACGUCAGCACGAGCAGUGCUGCCAGCAGCACACGAAGCAGUGGUGACGGCAACAACUCGGCCGCCAACGGUGGCGCUGGCGGCGAUAGCACUUCCAGCAGCUGCCCCACCACGAUGGAUGGCAACGACGAUGGUGGCCAGGGUGGCCAGGGUGGAGCCCCGGUCACUCCAGCCACUGCCAGCCAGCAUGUGAACACCUUCGACAGUACACUGGCAGCACUGGCCGCGACGACGGCUUCUCAGAUCAGCAGUUACGAUCCUGCUGCGCGUAGCCUGCUACGAUCCGCUGAGACCGAAGGAGGCCGCAAACUGCGCACCCACCAAACGGACCUGCCGGCUGCCAUUCUGAUGCAGGCCAACCUUCUGGACGGUGCCGGUGGCCACCUCAAUCUACUGACCGACGCCGAACGGAGUGCCGACAGCGGCUCGGGCCGGCCAACGAGGCACCAUGACGAGACGACGACAGUCUCCGUAGUCGAUGAUGACGUGUCGUAA